CGGGUGGAAGGCAAGGACUAUCAGCGACUCGCCCUCUCGUCUUCGCUCGCCCUCGCCUUCGCUCGCCCUCGAUUCCUCGCGGGCGAGUCGCCAGUUCAGCGACUCAGCGGCCCUCGCGGCACAUGCUCGCCCUCGCGACCGCAGCCGCCGCCCCCAGCUUCGCAGCCUGCGCAGCGCCAGCCGUGAGGCCUCCGUCUCGCUCAAUGCUCUCUUUUCCCGGCCCCGCUCAGCUGCCCGAGAAGGCGCCGGCUCAGCCGCUGACUGAGCACGCGCUGGCUCAGCCGAGUAUGCCCGAGCCUGUGCGCCGCGAGCCAAUGCCCGGGAUACGGCAGGCGGAGAGGGAGGGCCUGCUCGUCGAUACGUACCGCCGCGGCGCGAGCCGGGACUGGCGGCGUGGCCUGCUACGCCUCCUCUUCAGCCGCUCCUCCAACGGCCCUCUCUCGCCGCUCUCACAGCUCAUCGAGCGCCUCUGCACCAGCCUCCUCCCCGUCUUGUUCCCGCUCGAGUACCGCGCAGUGCAGCGGUGGCACGCCGCGCGAGCCGACGAUCGCGCCCUCGAGGAGUUUGCCCGCGCCAAGAACCACCUCGCGCUGAUCCUUGCCGGCGAGCAAGCCACGCUGGAUGGCCGCGUCAAGUCCGCGGCCUCGGCGUUCGAAAAGGCGGCCCUGCGUGGCAAGGCGGUGGAGGACCUGCUCGGACUGCGCGUCAUCGUGGACGACGACGGAGGCGGUGGCGGCGGGGGAGGAGGAGGAGGUGGCGGUGGAGGCGGCGGUGGAGGUGCAGUGCUGCGCCGUCGACCUGCUCGCCGGCUCGCUCGACGCGGCGGAAAGUGGCGGCCCGCGGUCGGCGUUGGCCGGACGCCUCUGGCGAGCGUCGGCGGCGGAGGCGGUGGCGCGGCGGGCGGAAGGCAGCGGUGCUACGAGAUCCAGCGGCUGGUCGAGUCGACCUUCCCAGGUGGCUGUCGCCCUCGAGCACGGCUGCUAUCUCGGCUGGACCUCGGCUGGGAUCUCGGCUGCCUCUCGGGCCCAGGCAGCGUCGCCCUCGAGAACGACUACGUCGCGAGCCCCAAGCCAAACGCGUACCAGAGCCUCCACCUCGCCGUCCGCCUGCCCGCUCUCGGCGACAAGAUCGAGGUUCAGAUCCGCACACGCCACAUGCACGCCGUCGCCGAGCUUGGCUCCGCCGCCCACGCCGCGUACAAGCGUGCCGACGCCGCCGCCGAGCACGCGCGGCCGCCGCUGCAGCUGCGGCCUUGAGCCGCAGCAGCCGCGUGUGCCGCCACCGUGCACACACGCGGCGCCAUCGACAUCGACAGCCUCGCCGCGUGCGCCGCCCGGCUGCUUCGGGAUGCUCCGAGAGGCUCAUCCGCGGCGCUCCCUGCCUCUCGCGCGACCGACCGCUCGUACCGCCGCAGCCUCGGCCUUGCGCCGCCCGCCGCCACCCCGCCGGCUGCGCCCCUCUUGUUCACAGUCUUCUCGGGCCUUGCCCUCCCCCGAGAGGGCGCCCUGCCCUCGAGUACAUUGUACGCAUCUCUGGCUGCGAGCGCGUGUACCAUUCCCCCUGCCGCGCUCCCGCCCCAUGCAUGACUGCUGUACCCUUGCCGCUCGCGCUCGCCGCCCCUGCCCCAUGUCUCUCUCGCUGUACCCUUUGGCAUGCUUUCCUCUUUGGCGCGCGACGUGCGUCCCCGCUAGUGCGGUGGGCCUGUGUCCGUGUGCCGUCCGCGUCCCCGGUGUCAGGCACAUUCUUUCCAUGAUUCUUUCUCAGAAUUGUACCUUC